AUGAGCAUAUGGCUGUCAAGGUCCCAACUUUCGCAGUGGACCCAGGCACUGCCCAAUAACGGGCUAAUUCAUAUUUACGACAGCCUUCUUGGUCAGAGUUAUGUUGCUCCCUGCAAUAUUGCAGCAGUUAUAGAAAUAUUUGGAAAUAAGAAAGACUAUACGAGGCCAGAAGGUCUUCAGAGAUUCUUCUCAAGGAUCUUAGGGAAUGGAUUACUUACCACAGAAGGAGAAGUUCACCAAAAACAACGCCGUCUGUUGGGUCCGGCAUUCUCCACGCGGAAUAUUCAUCAACUGCAUAACAUCUUCUGGAUGCAGACAACUCAUCUACUACGAAAGGUGCAGUUGCAAGUUGAGACGGCUCAUUCAUCUGUGGAGAUCACAGAAUUGAUUCAACGGUUUUCUGUUGACGUUGCUACUCUACUCGCCACUGGUCAGUCGUCGGAUGACCUAGCCGGGCCAAAUAGGAUCGCUGUGGCUGCUGAUGAGCUAUUCCAGCCAACAUUAGCCAGACUCUGCACGGUUUUCAUAUGGGUUUUCGUACCUUGGCUUCCCGAUCUAUUGAAUUGGCGACAAAAUACCAAGAUAUUCGCUAUCCGUAAUAGGCUGCGUGUCUAUUGCCUUGAUUUUAUCCAAAGAUCGCGACAUGAAUUACCUAAAUCAGCAGACAGUCAGAAGUUUAUUCUCUCGACGGUGCUAGCCGACCCAAAGCUCUCAGACGAUGAGGUUACGGAUCAUAUGAUGACCACGCUUCUUGCAGGUUCCGAAACUCCACAUGCCUCGAUUGUCCGUUGCUGCGAUUUGCUCUGUCGUGAUCAAAUCCUCCAGGCUAGGCUUCGGUCCGAAAUUCGCACACAUCUUCCGUCCAUUGAUCAACAACCAAUAUCAGCCCAGCAGUUCGCAUCGCUUCCCUUGCUUCAUGGUGUGAUCGAAGAGACCCUACGCCUAUACCCGCCAGUUCCAGUCACUCUCCGACAAGCUAUCUGUGAUACCACCGUGCAGGGGCAGCGUAUUCCGAAGGGCACUCAACUAGUGAUCGAUAUACAUGGGCUAAAUCGAAACUCGGAGAUUUGGGGACAGGACAGCAAUGCCUUUGUCCCUGAGCGCUGGUUAGACAAUGUCUCACAGGAGCACCAGUCUAAUAACCAUCAAGGUCGACGGCUUCUAACAUUUGCCUGGGGUCACCAUAGCUGUAUCGGAAUGGAGUGGGCCCGAACCGAGAUGCGAUGUGCUAUUGCUGGCCUUGUUGGGCGCUUUCAAAUGGAGCUCACGAAUCCUGAUAUUGAAUUGAGGGAAGCAGGCACUGCCGGUGUGCGAGCAAUAAAUCGUAUCCAGGUAAAGUUCAAUCCAGUUGAGGGGUGGUGA